UCUGUGACGUAAGGCUUAGGUGAAAUGUACGGUUUGCUACACGCGUUAUAAAUACAAUUUAAAAACAAUAAAUAUUAAAAUUUGUAAUGUAGCUUAGAGGCAAGAAGUUGAAUUGUCGAAAAUGUCAAACGAAUCGUCACCAGAACUAGAAUCGUCGGUAAGGCAUCGAAGUCUGUAUAAAUUCACAACACCUCCGUGGAAAGAAACUUACCGUCAGAAAUGCCAUGAACGUUUGCAAAAUAGUCGUCAACGUCUUUUUAAUAAAUUCAGAGGACUUACCAUUGAAACUGAUGCAUUUCAAAAAGAUGCUAUUGAACAAAAGAUAAAACAGAUAAUGGAAGAAGAGUGGACAAAGAUGCAUAAUAGUUCUAUUAGUAAUAAAUCUUUUGAGGUGAGCAUUUAAGACUUAAAGAUAUAC